AUGGCGCGCCGCCAACAGCGAAAGACGACCACCACGGCUAAGCUGGGCAAUCUGGACCUUCUCCUUGUCGCUCUACGAGCAGACCUCGGCCCCGAUUGGGGAUGCUACAAGGAACUCAUAGAGGGAGCCGCAGCCGCGAAGGCAAACGGCGAGAGUGUUUCUGCCUGGGUUGACCAGACCGAGCCGCUGGUACGAAAUACCGCUUCGCAAUUCGCGCAUCAGGGAGUGCUCUUUCUGUUAGGCAUCAAGGUGGAUAGUGAAGCUUCUUCUGUCACCAAGGCCACCGACACGACCAACGACAUGUCCGCUCCACCUCCUGACACCCGACGCCCCGCGCAACCAGUUGUCACCAAGGCCACCAACGCGACCAACGACAUGUCCGCUCCACCUCCUCACACUCAACGCUCGCAGCAACCAAUGCAGCCCUCAGCCAACAUGCAGAACAACUUCACACCCAGCUGGACACCCAUGCCCUCACCCAGUCCCAGCGCCUACGUACCACCGACACCCGCCCCCGUCGCAUCCAAAAAACGCUCAGCCGCCAAUGUCGCCUUCCAGGGUCAGAAGCAGGCUACCGCGACACAGCCUCUCAAAUCCGACUGGUUCGGCGGUUACGUCCUUCACCAAGACCCAGCCUUUCGGCGCGACGUAUUCGAGUUCUUUGGACACGAAGUACCUGACAAGCCCGAUCCUAAGCACCACGAUCAAUCGGAUGUAUCGUCCGUAUACAAGGCCGCGGAUGACGACUUGGCUGUCUGGAGGGCGGGCUCUGGGGCUGAAGGCGAGGUAAAGGACGGCGGUCAGGAGGGUCAGAAGGACAGGAUCAAGAGCGUGGAGGAUGCGAAGCGGGAGCGUGUGCGAGAAGGCUUGCGCUUCAAGCUUUUCGACAAGUUGGAUUGA